CACUGACCUACUUCGACAUCAGAGGACUCACACACAGCAGUGGACUCAAGAAAGACUUCACCCAAAACUCCUACUCUCUUUGGACUCAAGGAUGUUGCCGUGUGUCUGCGUGUUGCUGCUGGUGGCCUCGGCUCUGGCCCAUCUGGAUGAAGCCACUCUGGACGCCCAGUGGGAGCAGUGGAAGGUCACGCACAGGAAGGAGUACAAUGGCCUGGAUGAAGAGGGCAUUCGCAGGGCCAUCUGGGAGAAGAACGCACGUAUGAUCGAAGCCCACAACGAGGAGGCAGCGCUCGGCAUACACUCCUACGAGAUGGGGAUGAACCACCUGGGAGACAUGACGUCAGAGGAAGUGGUUGAGAAGAUGACCGGCCUGCAGGUCCCGAUGAACAGCGAUCGCAGCUUCACCAUGUCCCUGGACGACAAGGUGUCCAAGCUUCCCAAAUCCAUCGACUACCGCAGGAAGGGAAUGGUGACUCCAGUGAAGAACCAGGGUUCAUGUGGCUCCUGCUGGGCCUUCAGCUCUGCUGGUGCCCUCGAGGGCCAGUUGGCCAAGAAGACAGGACAGCUGGUAGACCUCAGUCCUCAGAACCUGGUGGACUGCGUCACAGAGAACGACGGCUGUGGAGGAGGAUACAUGACCAAUGCCUUCAAGUAUGUGGAAGAAAAUGGAGGCAUCGACUCUGAGGAGGCUUACCCAUACAUUGGACAGGACCAGCCCUGUCGCUACAAUUCAUCAGGCAUGGCAGCUCAAUGCAAAAGCUACAAAGAGAUCCCAGUAGGAGAUGAGCAUGCACUGACUGUUGCACUGUUUAAAGUUGGUCCAGUAUCUGUGGGCAUCGAUGCCACAUUGAGCAGCUUCCAGUUCUACCAGAAAGGUGUUUACUACGACCGCAACUGUAACAAAGAUGACAUCAAUCACGCCGUCCUGGCAGUGGGCUACGGAGUCACCCCCAAGGGAAAGAAGUACUGGAUUGUCAAGAACAGCUGGAGCGAGAGCUGGGGCAACAAGGGCUACAUCCUGAUGGCGCGUAACCGUGGCAACGCUUGUGGUAUCGCCAACCUCGCCAGCUACCCCGUCAUGUGAGGAGAAGAAUUUGGAGCUCAGGGGAAGACACAAGUCAGAUUGAAGGGACUUUUCUAAGACUACUGCACACAAAGAAUACACUUGGAAAUGUACGCAGAGUUCAUUCGAAAAUGUCAGUAAUCACUACAAACAAAUACAGCAGAUAUUACUUUGUUUAAUAACACAUAUUUGAAAUACUUUAGUGUACAAUGAAAUGAAAAUCAAAUUGGACUUAUUUGUCUUUUGGGAUAAACUCUGUUGUGGAGUCUUGGAUUCCAACGUCCUUAAAAAUGUCUGAAGAUGACUUUAGUUAUCUUGAGUGAGUUGAAGGACUUUGAACUCUUAAAGUCUUUUCAGUCGUAUCUCCAGACCAACAGACCUCUUACCUCCAUAAAGAAACACAUAUACUUUAAAUACCUCCAGGAUAAUGGUACAGUAAUAGUAACCCAGAACUAGGGUUGGUUUUGUGCCAAAGUGCCAAGUUAAAUCUCCAGACCCAUCAGGCACAUCCAACAUUUGACUUGUAGGCAGUGAUAGUUUCAGUCCCAGUUUUUAAUUACAGUUUGUGUGAAAACCAAUAAAGUUCAAAUUCAGUGUGACAGGAACCGUUGCUGGGCAAUGGGAGCUCCUCCUUUCCUGUUGAUGCAGAGGGAAGCCUCUUCCUUUUAAAAUCGUAACCAGUUUGUCUUUUGAUCAUGUUGACUUUUUUGUUGUCGUUGUUGUUCUGUUCAGCACUUUUCUGAUGAUUAAACUGUAAAUUGAUGUUUUCUAUGAAAUUGAAUAAAGGUUUCAUUUUG